AUGGACUAUGCUUAUGGACCAGGAAGGAACCACCUCUUUGUUCCGGGACCUGUCAAUAUUCCCGAACAGAUCAUUCGGGCAAUGAACAGAAACAAUGAGGAUUACCGUUCUCCAGCCAUUCCUGCACUAACAAAAACUCUUCUCGAGGAUGUCAAAAAGAUUUUCAAGUCUACCUCUGGAACCCCUUUUAUGAUUCCAACCACAGGGACUGGUGCAUGGGAAAGUGCACUUACAAACACAUUGUCUCCUGGUGAUCGAAUUGUAUCGUUCCUGAUUGGCCAAUUCAGUUUGCUCUGGAUUGAUCAACAGCAGCGCCUUAAAUUCAACGUUGAUGUAGUUGAAAGUGACUGGGGUCAAGGGGCAAAUCUUGAUGUUUUGGCCACGAAGAUAGCAGAAGAUAAAGCACAUACCAUUAAGGCCGUUUGCAUUGUGCACAAUGAGACGGCAACUGGAGUGACCAACAAUUUGGCCACUGUGAGAAAAAUACUCGAUCACUAUCAGCAUCCAGCACUAUUUCUGGUUGAUGGGGUAUCCUCCAUCUGUGCACUUGAUUUCCGCAUGGAUGAAUGGGGUAUUGAUGUGGCGCUCACGGGUUCACAGAAAGCUCUUUCUCUUCCAACUGGGAUGGGAAUCAUCUGUGCAAGUCCCAAGGCUCUAGAAGCCACUAAAACUGCAAAAUCAGACCAAAUUGAAGAUGGAAGAUUAGUCAAGAGCUACAAUCUCAAGGUUCAAAAUCAUGCUACCGUAGCUGCUUCAGGACAGAAGCAGCAAAGAAAAUCAAUGUACCAUGCGACCGCAUGGUAA